CCGUAUGAAGCUGCGGGAUUAUAUAAACUGUUUUCAAACCAAUCACUGUCAGUCAGUCAAGUAAGCUUGAAGCUUGAAGUACAUUGUACGUAUAAAUAUAUAUAUAUAUAUCAGCGACAUGUCCUACGGUGCAGUAAAUAAGAGCAUUUAUAAUUAUGCAAAGGAAAAAAAUGCUAUUAUCGUUGAUUUACGGAGCGACACGCUCACGAAGCCAACCGCGGCAAUGAGGAGGGCUAUGUUUGAAGCGGAAGUGGGGGAUGACGUUUUCGAAGAAGAUCCUACGGUAAUAGAAUUACAGAAAAAAGCAGCAUCAUUGCUGGGAAAAGAAGAUGCACUCUUUGUUAGUUCUGGUACAAUGGGAAAUUUGAUUGCUGUUAUAAAUCAUUGCAAUGUACGCGGUAGCGAAGCUUACUGCGGAAACGAAUCGCACGUGUUUCUUCAUGAACAGGGUGCUGCGGCGCAAAUAGCCGGUGUAAGCCUUUCUACGCUGCAGAACAACGACGACGGUACGUUCGAUGUGAAGAAACUCGAGAGCAUGAUCCGCACGGAUCGCAUACACGAACCGAUCUCGAAGUUGGUCCUCGUCGAGAACACGAUCAAUGGUAAAAUUAUACCCCAAUCGUGGGUCGAGGAACUGAUGGUAGUGGUAAAGAAGCAUGAUCUCAGGACGCAUUUGGAUGGAGCGCGACUGUGGAAUGCCUCGGUCGCGUCGGGAAUCUCGGCGAAGGAACUAGCCGCUCCGUUCGACUCUGUUACCUUUUGCCUGAGUAAAGGAUUAGGUGCUCCUGUGGGAUCCGUACUUUGUGGUAGCAGGAGUUUCAUCGCUGAUGCGAGGAGGAGGCGGAAGGUGCUGGGUGGCGCGAUGAGACAGGUCGGCGUAAUCGCCGCAGCCGGGCUCGUCGCUCUGGAAGAAACGGUACCGAGAUUAGUAGAGGAUCACAGAAGAGCAUUAGCGGUCGCACAGGCAAUCAAUCAAUUGAAUUCUAAAAUAUUUAGCGUAAACAUGAAAACCAUGCACACUAAUAUGAUAUUUAUAAAUGUAAAUUUUGAGAGAGGUGUAUCCGCCGUGACUUUCAUGGAAAGACUUCAUCAAGUUAAGGAUUUCGAUGAAGAUGACAGGAUCAUAGUUAGAUGCAUGGCUUUAACGAAAACUUUGGUCAGAGUGGUACUUCAUUAUGACAUCGAUGAUUCGAUGAUGGAUGCUGCCAUACGUAAAAUAAGAUAUGUCAUCAAGCAAUUGGAUCCUCAAGUAGAGAUUUGAAUUUCUUCACAAUGUCUUCCUUAAAAAAUGCCAAUAAAUACUCUAAACAUGUGUAAUAAUUAAUAAAUAAAAGUAUGUAUAUAUUUAAA